AUGGUCAUGCUCUCAGAAGGCUCGCCAAGCGCAUGCCAUGCCAUGGACGUCGCCCAGUUCGCCCACUGGCUCGGACAGUGCGGCGAGAUCAAGUUUGUCGUCGCACACGCGCUGAGUCAGUACACCAAGCUGCGGCACGCGCUGGCGGCGGUGUCGAUGCAGGCUGAGAGCCUCUGGCUGGAGAUUGUUAACCGCGGUUUCAUCUCGGACGUGGUUCUCCUCGACGGCUUGCUCCAGCUCGCCGGGUCCGGGUCGAUCCCGCUUGGCGCUUCGCUCGAUGAGCUCGUCCAUCGGGCACUCGCCCUCGACGUCUCGGCCGACUGGGACAUCGAGCCGCGAACCCUGUUUGAUGCAGCCAAGGUUAGAGUCUCCAAGGUCGCCGACGACAAGCAGUUUAUGGCUCUUCUGGCAGGCAUGGUGGGCGCGUGCACCACCAACGCCGACAUGGAGCUCCCGGAGCUGAGCCACGACCAGCUGACGGCAAUGACGGCGCUCAUCUUCAAUGUUCACUACAUUAUGGACUGCAAGGCUGUCGACGUCAUGAACGAGUGCUGCUUUGACCGCAACCACUCGAUGUUCCAGCACGCGGUCGACUCGUGGGGCCCGCUCUCCGAGGUCAUCCAGAUCAAGGGCGCGGUCGCGCUGCAGGACGCCACACUCAACGGCAUAGCCGUCGACCCGCGCACCGUUGCUGCGCUCUAUACAAGGCUUCAGGCCACCAUCCAGGAGCACUGCGCCUACAUCCAGGCCCACAUGCCGCUCUACCGCAUCGCGUUUCAGUACGAGCGUGUCGGCGCUGGCGCAAACGGCGAGACUGCCGCGAAGGAUGACCCACCGAGCGCAAGCGAGACUGUGGCUGGUGUCUCGGCCAAGGUGGCGUCGGCGGUCGGCACCCUGCCUUCAGACGUGGUCGAGGCAACAUCGGAUGACGACGGCGAAGAGGAGAAGUUUGAAAAUGCGACCGAAAAGGCAGCAGUCUCGUCGCUCUUCUCGCUCUCGAUCGAGGAAGAGACGCUGAUGGUCGACGAGGCCGAGUCAGACGGGUGGCAGUUGAGCGAGGCGCCGCUCGACGAGAUCUCGUUCCUCACCACUGAUACCGGUAAGCCACGGAUGUCCCGGGCCGGAACCCGCAAGGCGCUGGUGCGCGCACGGCGUGAAGCGCUGGCAGCAGUGGUGGACAAACGGCGCGCGGAGCGCGAGGCGGCUGGGCUCUCCAUCGAAGACCCGCCGCUGCUCACCCGUGACGAAGAGUACAAGAUGUUUUCGCUCCCGCGCGACGGAUCGGACAUUUCGGUGCGGAUGAAAAAGUGGGCGCGGUUUGCGCACCUCUCCGAGUUUGUCGCCCGCUACUGCACCAUUAUCGAGUACUGCAAGCUGUUCGACAUUGUGGCGCCGCUGCACGAGAUGUGGACAGCGCUGGGCAAGCCGUCGAGCGCCGAAGACGAGGGCGUGGCCAAGGGCACCCGCGAUCUGCGGCCGCAGCCUCUCGGCGCCGAGCUCAUGACUGUCCACCCGCGGUACGUGGCAGUGAUGCGCAACGGGCGGACGGCAACGUUUGAGCCGCACUUGCAGGGCACGCCGUCGAUGCCGGGCUUCCGUGAGUGCUACGUCGCCCGCCCUGGCGCCGUUCUGCUCACCGUCGACUAUUCGUUCAUCGAGCUCUGCACGCUGGCGGCGGUGUGCGAGGCGCGGUACGGGCAAUCAGUCCUCGCCGACGUCAUCCGCAACGGCGUCGACCCGCACGCCUUUACUGCCGCCGUCUGCGACGAUAUGAGCCUGCCCGAGUUUGAAGCUCAGAAGCACUCGUCGGACGAGGCGACUCGGGCGCGGUACAAGUAUCUGCGCCAGCGAGCCAAGGCCAUCAACUUUGGUCUGCCCGGCGGACAGGGCGCGCGCUCGCUUCGCGAGUACGCAGCCUCGUUUGGCGUAUCGCUCACCUAUCCCGAGGCCAAGGAGCUGCGGCGGCAGUUUACCAACGAGGUCUUCCCUGAGAUCGGCAUGUAUCUCAACGAGCAGUCGCUCGUUCUCCUCGCGUCCAACCUGCGCCGGUCACUGGCGGUUGUCCGCCGCAAGCUGAGGUACCACCUUGCAGUCGACGGUGAGGCUGACACGCUCGGCAAGUCCAACCUGCUCGACAUCAAAUCGGUUGUCCGCGGCCGUCCGUUCCGCCGCGACGGCCUGCCAUACUCGCAGAAGUUUGUGGCCAACAUCUGGGCCUCGCUCCGGAAGCUGAACCGGAACCCGAAGCUCACUCCGCUGCUUGCUGAUCGCCAGCUCGGUUCGGAUGAGGUCUACGACGCGCUCUUCCGUCAGUCGGUCGUUACCCUUACCGGCCGAGUCCGCGGGUGCGUCAACUUUACCCAGGCGCGCAACACGCCCUUUUCAGGCCUUGCCGCCGACGGUGCCAAGCUCGCGCUGUGGGAUCUCUUCCACUCGGGCUACCGCAUCGUCGGCUUUGUCCACGACGAAAUCAUUGUCGAGCUGCCUGAGACUAGCGACCUUGAUCGUCACGUCGCCGAGAUCCGCGCCAUCGCCGAGCACGCCAUGGCACCGCUCUGCGCCGACAUCCCCAUCCAGACCGCCUUCACCCUCUCGUACCGCUGGCACAAGUCGCAGGAGCCGGUCCAUGCACCCAACGGCAAGCUGGUCCCGUCCGACUCUCGCGACUUUGUUCCCACUCUCGCCACCACUCACAUGGACGCUUGGAACGCCGGCAAGAUGGCGCACGUCCGCGCAGCCCCGGCUGAUGCAGCGUCCACACAAUGA